GUCUUGAACUAGCUGUCGUGAGGGUAGGUUGUCAACGCCAUCGGAGCAAAAUUUCUAAUGGGUUAACCUCAGUCAACACCCAACGCUCUACCGCCACAGAAAAGAAAUUCAAUCUUCACACCAAAGGAAGAAAGACCGUGCGAAGGAGAAGAUGAAGGAAAGAAGGGAAUGGGAGAGACGAGAGGAUAAAUACCAAGAGCAGAUGGAUAACUCGAAAAUAAGCGACAGAGAGAUGGUAUUGCUCGAGGAAGGGAGACGCGGAGAAAGAAGAGAAGAAGAAGGGGAGAGAGAAACGACGGAAAGGCAAAAAGAGGAAGGAGACGAUCAACAGAGAGAAAGGAGAGAGGAAGAGAUCGGUGAAAGGCGAAAGGGAAUAAGCGACGAAGCGCAGAUCAACGUCAAGAAUAAAGGAGAGAAGACGGAAGAGGAAAAAACGCAGAUGACAGAAGGAGAAAGAAACAUCGGAAAUGAAAUUGAGGAAGAGACGAAAACGCGCGAAUCAUCGCGAGAAAAUCCAGCGAAGACGGGAGAAGAACAGACACCGAUAACGGAAGAAGAAAGUCACAAACGAAAGGAAAGCGAAGAAGAAAGCCAAACACGCGAACCGACCAGGGAAAACCCCGACGCCGACACACCCGACUCCGACAGGUACGACUCCUACACUCCCGACUCCGACAGGUACGACUCCUACACUCCCGACUCCGACAGGUACGACUCCUACACUCCCGACUCCGACAGGUACGACUUCUACUUUCCCGACAGAGCCACCGAGGAACCCCCACCUUCGCCCUCGCAGACCCUCCCUCCACCCCCUCCUCCAGACACACCGAAGGAGCACCCGUGGGAGUACCUACCCGACGUCUCCCACUCGGACCUCCUGAGCAAGCACGCCCGUACCUUCGCGAGAUUCUGGGCGGAGAUGCUCGCCGGCCUCGUGGUCGUGGGCGUGGCCGAGACGUGUGGGGCGGCGGGGAGGCUGGGGCGGGCCGUCGGGAGGGCGGUGAGGUCGCGAAGGGCGCCACACGGGGAUCGGGGGCGUGAUAACCUCCCGGCGUGAAGGAAGAACCACUCGGGUUGUUGUUGUCGUUGUUAUCUCUAUGGCUGUUGUUAUUGUUUAUUUUAUUUUUGUUAAUGUGUGUUUUGGUUAUCUUUAAUAUCUUUACCGUUUUGCUAUUGUUAUUUUUGUUGUUAUUGGCAUUCUUGUUGUCUAAAUGGUUAUUGUAUCUAUUGUUAUUAUUGUUAUUGUUAUUAU